AGUGCUCUUUUAAUUUUGCCUUGUCAUGUUUUACGAUUUCUGCCACUUUUGGUUAAGGGCUGCUUGGUCAUGUCAAGCUGCUGCCGGGUCAGAAACAUGACACAGCAGUUGCGCUUCCCGUUUGACACAGCAGCUACAACAUCCGUGGCGUUAUAAAAGAGACGGCAGAGAACCAAGAGGCCACAGUAGAGCCAUCACGAAGAAGAACCAAGGUCUGCGUACAGACAGGACUGAGGAUAACAGAUUACUGAAUAUGGAGAACUUGAAAAGUGCGAGGAAAGGCGGCUCGGCUGAAGUUGGCAGCGACUUAUCUGAGCAGAUCAAAGCCGCCACUAAGGAAUCCCAUGUCCGAGCUGAAAACACACAUCUGAUGCUCAGUUACCAGAAGGGACAGAUUACCCUGCCACAAUACAAGGUCCUGCUGUGUUCCCUCUAUGAGAUCUACAAAGCUCUAGAAGAAGAGCUGGACAGGAAUUAUUCUCAUCCAGCCGUGGCGCCCAUUUACUUCCCCCAGGAACUUGCUCGCUUGGAAUCGCUGGAAAGAGAUCUGGAGUAUUUUUUCGGGCCGGACUGGAAGAAGCGAGUGAUUGUCCCCGCGGCGACACACACAUACGAACAGAGACUGAGAAAGAUUGGCCAAGAGAACCCCGAGCUGCUCGUUGCCCACGCCUACACCCGCUACCUUGGCGAUCUGUCAGGGGGACAGGUGUUGGGCAAAAUCACCCAGAAGUCUUUGGGGCUGAGCAGCAAAGAGGGGCUGUCGUUCUUCUCCUUCCCCGGCGUGAGCAGCCCCAACCGCUUCAAGCAGCUGUACAGGAGCCGCAUGAACAGCGUGGAGCUGACGGAGGGCGAGAAGGCGGCCAUGCUGGAGGAGGCCGUGGCGGCGUUCGAGCUGAACAUCCAGGUUUUUGAUGAUUUGCAGAAAAUGCUCAGCAUUACAACCGAAACGGACCAAUCAAAAAGCAACGCGGCAGCCACCAGGUUCCCAGCGUCACCCAUCCUGCAAAUCACCAUAGGACUGUGUGUUGCCCUGGCAACUAUUGGGGCCGGCGUGUAUGCCCUGUAGAAAUGUGUUUUUAUACUCAGCAUGCAUGUAGAGCACUUUACACACUCAACAUUAAAUCAAGACUGAACUCUACUUUAUCUGUACAACACAACUGUAACUUGACAAUGGUAGUCGAUG